CCAUCCCCGUCUAUUGAUCCGGCUCCGUUCAACAUGGCACCGGGGGUGGCGUUCGUGCUCAGCUUGAUCCUCGUCGUCGGCCACCUCCAGGAAGGAUCCCUCGCCAAGACCUUCGCAUUUCCCGAGUACCCGUACAAGGAGACCACCAAGAAUGAGCUUCUCUUUAGACAAUUCGAGCAGGCUUGCGAGGAAAGCGGAGCCUGUAAAAUGCAAUCGGAGCAUAGAAGCGGUGACGUUGCGAAAACACGUUGCAUCCGGGAAUGCGUGUCGCCGUCCUGUUACAAGGAGAUUUAUUUAUUCGAUCAAUUGGAGGAGGGUGAGAUUGACGUGAGAUUAAAUUCCUUUAAAGGUUGCUUCAUGCAGCGAAACGGUCGACCGCGAAAAACUUGCUACCACGAAAGGAUUAAACCGACGAUGUAAUGUGACUGCUGCAUGAUGUGCAUACUCGGAUGUCUAGGAAAGUACAAAAAAAAAUGGAAAUGGAAUUUAAAUGCAUAUCAUGCACAGAAAUGGCAAAAAAUGCAUAACAUGCAGUUUUGCACCAGAACGAGGGGAGUGCAUCGAGGGAUUAAAUUCUUAGUCAAAUAAAAUCUUUUUCUACUUUUUGUACGCACAUAUAUUACUUAGGAUAUUGUCGUUAAAUUGAUAAUAAUACUGCACAAUAAACUGUUACUUGCACUAACAUGUAUAUAACGAUA